GCUCUCCUGGCUACCGAGGAAGGCAGAGUUUACCCGAGCUCCCCCAGCCGAAGGGGGCGAGAAGCAUCUUGCCGGGUCUCAGUGGGUGCGAGUGGCAGGGGACGUCGGGCAGGUCCCGGUGUGACCCGGCUAUCGCGAGCCUGGGGCCAGCUCAUCCAGGACUGGAGGGUGGGAGGACAGAGAGGCCAUGCUCGGGAUCGGUACACCCGAACCCCGCCUGUAUUCCAUAACAUUUCCUUUAACAGCGAGGAGUGAAUGAAUCGACUCCCAUCUGCCUUGAGCUUUUCAGGGAGCCCCACGAAAAGUGUCGCCAAAUUACUCAGGCCUUGGCCCCUCCACCAGAGGAAGAUGCUGCUGCCAUCUGCCUGCUCUUCCUGAACCUCCAGGCUUCUGUCACACUGCCCCAUGGAGGACGUUCCCACCUCACUCAGCUGCUCUGACUGUCAGCGCCACUUUCCUAGCCUCCCCGAACUAUCACGGCACCGUGAAUUACUCCACCCAUCUUCCAGUCAGGACAGUGAGGAGGCUGACAGCAUCCCUCGACCCUACCGCUGUCAGCAGUGUGGGCGGGGCUACCGUCACCCAGGGAGCCUGGUCAACCACCGCCGGACCCACGAGACUGGCCUUUUUCCCUGUACCACCUGUGGUAAGGACUUCACCAAUCCCAUGGCCCUCAAGAGCCACAUGAGAACUCAUGUUCCUGAGGGACGCCGAAGGCGCAGGCCGCCCCGCCCAAAGGAAGCCGCGCCACACCUCCAGGGUGAGAUGGUGUCCACUGAUUCCUGGGGCCAGAGGCUUGGCCCUGUGGAAGGCUGGGAAAACCAGAAAAAGCAUCCUGAAGAGACAUCUGGCUGUGAGUCUGGGCCUGAUCCCGCAGCAGCCCUGGGCACUUGGGAAGAUCCCACUACCAGACAAAGAGAAGGCUGGGAAAACCAGCCAGAUCCUGAGGACGGUGCAGAGGACUGGGGACCCACCACCAACUCUGCCAAAGCACCACCACUCCCCACCCCAGCCAGCAGCCUCCUUAGCAAUUUGGAACAAUAUUUGGCUGAGUCAGUAGUGAAUUUCACGGGGAGCCAGGAGCCCACCCAGUCCCCUCCUGCUGAGGAGGAACGGCGGUACAAGUGUAGUCAGUGUGGCAAGACCUACAAGCAUGCUGGGAGCCUCACCAAUCACCGCCAGAGCCACACCCUGGGCGUCUACCCUUGUGCCAUCUGCUUCAAGGAGUUCUCUAACCUCAUGGCUCUGAAGAACCAUUCCCGACUCCAUGCCCAAUAUCGGCCUUACCAGUGUCCUCGUUGCCCCCGCGCCUUCCGCCUUCCCCGAGAGCUGCUGGAACACCAGCAAUCCCAUGAGGGGGAGCGGCAGGAACAGCCGUGGGAAGAGAAAGGGAUGCCUACCACCAAUGGGCACAUAGACGAGAGUAGCCGGGACCAGCUCCCUAGUACACAGAUGCUGAACGGCUCUGGGGAUCUCAGCACCUCUGGGGAGCUGGAGGACAGUGGCCUGGAGGAGUAUCGACCUUUCCGCUGUGGGGACUGUGGCCGUACCUACCGCCAUGCUGGGAGCCUCAUCAACCAUCGCAAGAGCCACCAAACAGGUGUGUACCCCUGCUCCAUUUGUUCCAAGCAGCUGUUCAAUGCAGCUGCCCUCAAAAACCAUGUGCGGGCUCAUCACCGACCCCGGCAAGGAGCUGGGGAGGAUGGGCAACCAUCAGUGCUGUCAGCACCUCUACCUUUGGCUGAGAGCACCCCCAAAGAGAAAGCAUGCCCCACUACCUCCCUGGACCACCGCCCCUAUAAGUGCAAUGAGUGUGGUCGGGCUUACCGCCACCGGGGCAGCCUGGUAAACCACCGCCACAGCCAUCGAACAGGAGAAUAUCAGUGCUCACUCUGUCCCCGCAAGUACCCCAAUCUUAUGGCCCUGCGCAACCAUGUGCGGGUACAUUGCAAAGCAGCUCGCCGCAGUGCAGGCCCAGGAACUGAGCGUCCCCCUACCCACCUCAAAGUGGAGCUUCCACCUGACCCGCCGGGAGUAGAAGCAGCCCCACACAUCGAUCUGGAGCAUGGGUGCAAACAUGAAGAGGAAACCACUGAGAUCCCCCCAGCCGCAGACAGGACAGCACCACAGAUACGUAAUGUGUGUGGGCUGCUCUUUGAUGACCCCAAGAGCCUUGAACAUCAUGGCCAGACCCAUGGGGAAGGGGAAAACCACAAGACAGAGACCAGGGUGUCACCUCCUCGGACAUUUGCCUGUCGAGACUGUGGCAAGAGCUACCGUCACUCAGGCAGUCUUAUCAACCACAGACAGACCCACCAGAUAGGAGACUUCAGUUGUGGGACCUGCGCCAAGCACUUCCACACCAUGGCAGCCAUGAAGAACCACUUGCGACGCCACAGUCGACGGCGGAGCAGGCGGCACCGGAGGCGAACUGGCAACGUGGGUGGUGGGGGAGAAGCCAAACUCCCAUCAGGCGGGAGCUGGGCCCAGAAAUCAGUGGAAGAUAAUGAGGGCCUGGAUUGUCCCCAAGACCCUGCCGGGCAAAGUCCUGUUGUAGCUGAAGACACCUUGGAGAGUGAUGGGGACUGUUUGCAGGCCAGAUUCAAAAGGGACAAAUGUGGGCUCGAGAGCGGUGAGGCAUGUUUCCAGGGUGAUAAAGAAAGCAGAAGCACUGAGGAAGGACUGGAAAGAAAAGAGGCCUGUUUCCUUGACAACUUGGACCUCCCAGGCCAUGAGGAAGGUGAUGGGACUCGCUUCUGUGAUGGCCUCAUUGGGGUGGAUGAAGACCAGAAACCAGCCUCUGGUCAGCCCAGCUUCUCUUCCCCCUCAGGCGAAGCUGUCCCUAGCUGGCAGGCUGAGGUCUCCCAUACGUGUGCUGACUGUGGGCAUUCUUUCCCCCAUGCCACUGGCCUCCUGAGCCACAGACCCUGCCACCCACCUGGCAUCUAUCAAUGUUCCCUCUGCCCAAAGGAGUUUGACUCCCUGCCUGCUCUGCGUAACCACUUCCAGAACCACAGGCCCGGGGAGGCAGCCUCAGCACAGCCUUUCCUCUGUUGCCUCUGCGGCAUGAUCUUCCCUGGGCGGGUGGGCUACAGGCUUCACCGGCGCCAGGCCCAUGACUCCUGCGGCAUGACUGAGGGCUCUGAUGAGGAGGGGGACGAGGAAGGAGCAGCUGGGGCAGCCUCCACUGGUAGCCCCCCACUGCAGCUCUCGGAAGCAGAGCUGCUGAAUCAGCUGCAGCGGGAAGUGGAGGCGCUGGAUGGAGCGGGUUAUGGGCACAUCUGUGGCUGCUGCGGUCAAACCUAUGAUGACCUGGGGAGCCUGGAACGUCACCACCAAAGUCAGAGUUCUGGGAACACCACCGACAAGGCUCCCAUCCAGAUGGGAGAGUCAGGUAAUGCCACGGGGAUGGCUGCAGAUGGUGUCUCUGAGGGCACAGCGAUCUCUCUCUCUGGGGCGGGUGGAGAAACAAAGUCUGGCGAGGGAAUAGGCACCACAGCUGCAGACAGUUUGUGCAUGCAGGGGGGGGAAUGUUCUCUGGAGACCCAGCCCCGCCCCUUCCGCUGCAACCAGUGCGGCAAGACCUAUCGCCACGGGGGCAGCCUGGUGAACCACCGCAAGAUCCACCAGACCGGAGACUUCAUCUGCCCUGUCUGCGCCCGCUGCUACCCCAACCUCGCUGCCUACCGUAAUCACCUGCGAAACCACCCGCGCUGCAAAGGCUCUGAGCCCCAGGUGGGGCCCAUCCCAGAGGCAGGAGGCAACAGUGAGUCCCAGAACAUGGCAUCAGAGGGGCUGGGGCAGGAAGUGGGGAAGCUCCAGGAAGAAGUUAAGUUGGAGCCCCUGGAGGAGGUGGCAGGGGUGAAAGAGGCGUGGGAGGAGACCACUGUGAAGGGGGAGGAGGUGGAACCGAGGUUGGAGACUGCAGAGAAAGGCUGCCAGACCGAGGCCAGCUCUGAGCGGCCCUUCAGCUGCGAGGUGUGUGGCCGGUCGUACAAGCAUGCCGGCAGCCUCAUCAAUCACCGGCAGAGCCACCAGACUGGGCACUUUGGCUGCCAGGCCUGCUCCAAAGGCUUCUCAAACCUCAUGUCCCUCAAGAACCACCGGCGCAUCCAUGCGGAUCCCCGACGUUUCCGCUGUGAGUGUGGGAAGGCCUUCCGCCUGCGGAAACAGCUGGCUAGCCACCAGCGGGUCCACGCUGAGCGGAGUGCUGCUGGGGGCACCCGAAAACUGCCUCGGGAAGAUCGGCCCUUCCGCUGUGGGCAGUGUGGGCGGACCUACCGCCAUGCUGGCAGCCUCCUGAACCACCGACGCAGCCAUGAGACGGGCCAGUACAGCUGUCCCACCUGCCCUAAGACCUAUUCCAACCGCAUGGCCCUGAAGGACCACCAGAGGCUGCACUCGGAGAGCCGGCGGCGGCGCGCAGGGAGAUCCCGGCGGGCAGCUGUGCGCUGUGCCCUCUGUGGCCGGGGCUUCCCUGGCCGGGGAUCCCUGGAGCGGCACCUGCGAGAGCAUGAGGAGGCCAGAAGUGGUCGUGAGAGCCCAAGUGGCACCCAGGGCAGUGAGGAGAAACUGGCUGAUGACCAGGGACUAGAGGACAGAUUGGGGGGUGUUGAGUCAGUACCCCAGCUGGAGGAUGGAGCAGCGAGGCCAGGGGAGCAGAGUCAGAGCCUGGUCGGGGCAGCUGGUUCAGAAGCCACAGAGCCGAUGUCCUGGGGCACGGGGAAAGCAGAUGGGUGGCGAGGAGACAGGGGAGCAGUGAAUCAUGAUGAAGAUUGGGUUCUUCGGGGUCAUGUGCUGACCAAGCCAGAAGAUGAGUCAGGGGACAGUGUCCCCAGGAGCCCCUGCCACUUUGCCGACAGCCAGCCCAACGGACCUCGUCUGAGUCACAUGGACAGCUGGGACAGUGGAGACAACAACCCUCAGCUCCAGCCAGAGAGCCACCUCUUUUCUUGCAGCCAUUGUGGCAAGGCCUGCCAAUCAGAAGGCCUCUUGAACCACCACAGCACCCACAAGACAGACCGCCACUAUUGCCUGCUCUGCUCCAAGGAAUUCUUGAGUCCUGUGGCCACCAAGAGCCACAGUCACAAUCACAUAGCUGCCGAGACCUUAGCCUGCCCUGACUGCGGCAGGGCCUUUCAGUCCCACCAUGAACUAACAGACCACCUGCAGACUCAUGCUAAGGGCCUCAAUCAGGUGCCACACCAGAUAGAGGCCAGACAUCCCAAAGCUGGGACUGUGGAGGAUAACGUGGCUCUCCCUGGCCCAGGGAAUGCCCAGGACGUCCCAACAGAAAGCCCCAGGACCCCAGGAGAGAAUGCCAGGAGAGCUAAUGGAGGGCAAGAAGUCAAGUCCACAGUGGCUGAAGAAGAGGAGCGGCCCUUCCGCUGUGCCCAGUGUGGGCGUUCCUACCGUCAUGCCGGUAGCCUGCUGAACCACCAGAAGGCCCAUACCACUGGACUCUAUCCCUGCUCCCUCUGCCCCAAACUUCUACCCAACCUACUGUCCCUUAAGAACCAUGGCAGGACCCACACGGACCCAAAGCGCCAUCGCUGCAGCAUCUGUGGCAAGGCCUUCCGGACAGCCGCCCGCCUGGAGGGUCACGGGCGAGUCCAUGCACCCCGGGAGGGGCCCUUCACCUGCCCCCAUUGUCCCCGCCACUUCCGUCGCCGAAUCAGCUUCCUGCAGCACCAGCAGCAGCACCAGGAGGAAUGGACAGUGGCCAGAUCUGGAGCCCCAAAGGCAUCAGCGGCGGGCAGAGGGGAUUUGUCACUGCCCCCUCCACCCACCCCCACGACCCCACUCAUGGACCCUUCACCCCAGUGGCCUGCAGACCUCAGCUUCUCCCUCUGAACUUCAAGUCUCCAAAGAUCAGAAUACGGGGUGGGGUGGGGUGGGGGGUUGCAGGGAAAGGCUUGAUCUCCAUAUUUUGCUCAGGAGUAGUUUGGGCACCCCCAUCUCUUUUCUCCUCUCUCCUGAGAAGAGGACCCAGAUCUGGCUUCUUUCCCAAGGAGGGCUGAGGGGUUGGUUCCUCGGGACCUUGAAGGUGCUCCUUCCCGCAGCCUGUCACCAUGUUCUUCCCUAUGACUGGCCCUGCAAGAAACCUGGUGCCAGGCUCUGCCAGGCGCUGGGCCCGCUCACCAGCCAGCUUUGGACACCAGAGAGAGGCAAAUUCCAGAGAGCCACAGGUGGGAAGGUGGCCUGUGGAAGGGGAGCCUUUUGCUACAAUUUGUAACUUAUUUUCUAAAGUCUAUUUUGUAACAAUUUAUUUAAGUUUUAAAAAAAGGAAAACUGCCCCCUCCCCUCCAAAAAAAGAAAUUUUCAAAGUAUGGGCCUGGUGUGGUUGUAUCUCAGGGGAUGAAAAAUUAGGGAAGCCCGGAACGCCUGCGUCAGAAAGAAGAGCUGGGUGUGGGGCGCA